GGGAUCCAAACUUCGCGUCCGCUAGGGCCUCUAGGUAGAGAGCGGAGGGGGGAAUCGACUCCCUCGACGAUCUCUGCGGCCUGGACCCGCUCCCUCCGCCUGGCGCCAGGCUGCGGAGCGCCGAGCGGCUCGAUGAGCGGGGGUGCAGCUGCGGCGGAGCGGCAGGCGCCGGGUCCGCGCCUACUGUUUUCCCCCUCCCCGCUUUCUUCCUCCGCUUCCCACUCCUUCCUCCGCCCGCCCAGUCCUGCCCGCCCCGGAGAGCUGCCCGGAGCUCCCCGGGAGACUCAGGUUUUGUGAAUAACAUCUCCAGGCUGUGUCCAUCCAAGUCACUUAUUUCCGUGAAACUGCACCAAGACUGCUGAUGAGAGGUGAGGAAGAGGAGUCAGAAAGGGAACGCAGGCUGGGAAAAGGGAAGCCUCUGCCCAGAUUCAAGCUUUUUGUGAAAUGAAAUACUAGGGGGGUUGGUGUGCUUGUUGUUUGCAUAAAGCAAAAAAGAAGCCAACAUUUGCUAAACAACAGGUGGUGAAGACUUAUUCUGCCGAGAAGUAGAAGAGUACUUCUUCACUAAAAAAGAUGCCUCCCAAGUUUAAGCGCCACCUAAAUGAUGAUGAUGUCACUGGUUCUGUGAAAAGUGAAAGGAGAAAUCUUUUGGAAGAUGAUUCAGAUGAAGAAGAGGACUUUUUUCUAAGGGGACCAUCUGGACCAAGAUUUGGACCUAGAAAUGAAAAAAUUAAGCAUGUUCAGAACCAGGUGGAUGAAGUCAUUGAUGUCAUGCAAGAAAAUAUUACAAAGGUAAUAGAAAGAGGGGAGAGACUAGAUGAACUACAGGACAAAUCAGAAAGCCUAUCGGAUAAUGCAACUGCUUUUAGCAACAGAUCCAAACAACUUCGAAGGCAAAUGUGGUGGCGUGGAUGCAAAUUCUUAUAGUUGUGAAAUACCGUACUUGAUUUGAUGACAGAUCUUCAUUAAACAAAAUCUGGGACAAUAAUAAUAAAAGAUUGCUGCAUAAUUUAAAUGAAACCCAUGUAUAUAACUUUCAAAGCUUCUUUUUCAAGAAAUUAAGAGGCAAGUAUCACUUCAAAUUGGAGCAUUGAGAAUGUCCCAUUAUCUUCUUCCCUUCCAACAAAGUGUGCUUUUAAUAAUUAUGUUUAAGGCGGGGCUGCCCUGGUGGUGCAGUGGUUGAGAGUCCGCCUGCCGAUGCAGGGGACACAGGUUCGUGCCCCGGUCCGGGAGGAUCCCACAUGCCGUGGAGCUGCUGGGCCCGUGAGCCAUGGCCGAUGAGCCUGCGCGUCCGGAGCCUAUGCUCCGCAACGAGAGAGGCCACAAGAGUGAGAGGCCCACGUACCGCAAAAAAAAAAAAAGAAAACAAAAUUAUGUUUAAGGCAAAGAUAACCAGCCUCGAUUUUGCCAUAUUCCAAAGGUCUAAUUUGAAACUAGAUACUUGCCAGUUCAUUAUUUGUAUAUAUAGUUAAACACUGAUAAUGAUAUUUCAUACUGUUAUUUUAAUGGCAUAAGGACUUGCAUUUGUUGCAUCAAGGUGGGGGUCAGGCUGGUGAUCAGGGAGCCUCUGUAGAGUACCAAAUCAUUAUGCCGAAAGACGUGUGUAACCAUGCCAUUGAUAUUUGCAAGAUUCUUCUCAUAUUACAAUUGCUUUGCAAGCAAUUUUCACAUGUUUAUGGGUGUAACAAAAGCUAAAUGUAAAUGUUGCUGCCUUCAGCUAUAACUAACAACAUUCCAGUAAACCUAUUUUUGACUGUAUAAGGGAAUGUAGUAAUUUUUUGGCAUUUGGAUUAUAGAAAUGGGAAAUUUAAACAGUGUGAAAAGCAUAGUAUGGUGUCAUAAAACUGGAAAUAAUAAAAUUAUUGGAGAGUGUCAUUGGAGUAUUUGAAAGUGACCAACAUAAAGCUAGAAGUCAUGGUCUGGUCUGUUUUCAGUUAGCCUCCAAUAAGGAGGACCAGUGCAAAUGUGAGUAAAUGAAAUCCACAGGUAUCUUGUCCCCUACUUUUCUUUUUGUUAAUAGCUUUCCUGUUUAACUUCAACUAGCCCUUUUACCAGAAGUGCUAAAAGUAGCAAAAUCAUCUGCUUAGAAUUUGCGUUUUUUGUAUUCCCUCUUUAUCUCCUGGAAAAUGCAUGUGAUAUGUACAAUCCAGUGUCACAUUAGCCAACAAUAAUGAAUAUAAAAAGUCAGGAGCCUAGCUAAUCAGUCAGUCGGAGUAACCAAAUGCUAGAGUCACCAUUGAUCUCAGUCUGUUUUUAUGAUAAAAAGUGUUGUUAAAAAAAAAAAAAAAAAAAAAAGUGUUGUUAACUUUAAAAUAUGCCACCCUUCUUGGGUUGUUUAAACAUGUGAAAGUGAACAUACAUAGUUCUCUAAUGUGUGUGAGGAAGAAGUUUUAUAAUAAAAUUGGAGGUUCUGCAGAAACUUGUGUACAUGGACAUCUUCACAAUGUAUAUAUAACUCUAAAUUUGAAAUAGGGAUAAUAGAAAGUACCAGUAUUUAAGUAAGAAAAAAAAUUAUCCUUAUUGCUUUGGUAAUUUUAAUUCAAAAUGUAUGAAACAUAGAAUCUUUGUUUUUUUGGUUUUUUUUUAAAUUCCACAGGAUUAGUACUAAGAUGCAAAAAUGUUCUCUUUAGAAUGGAAAGAAUUUGAAGGGAGAAAGCAGAUUAAGAGGUAUUGAAGACACCUUCAAGUCAUGAAGAUCUAAAUAUAAUCGCUUAGUAUUAUAGUCUGCUAAGAACAUUUAAAAAGAGAUAAAGGUUUUACAUUCUCUGGAGUGUUUUCUCUGGUCUCUCCACUUUUCGUAAAUGUCAAUUACUGUAAAUAACAUAAUAAAUAAUAAACCCUUUGACAAAAGAGGAUACCCAGGAAAAUGAGCAUUUUUAGAAUUUCAGUAGCUAAUGUACUUCAGGAAUGGGAGUGUUUUAACUGAGUGGACAGAAUCAGUACUAACAUGUGUGUCCUUGAUUUGGGAUUGGAACUAGACUCACCAGUGGUUAAUUUUCCAUUUGUUGGUAUAGAAAUCUGGUUUCUUCAUAUCUGUCGGUGAAGAGGAAGAUUAUUUCUCAAGAAGAAUCCACAUUUCCAGUGUUUCUUUAAUAAAGUAUGCUUUUAAAUAAAGAAAUAAAAUUAAAAAAAUUUUUAACCAUGAAAAAUAAAGGAAAUAUUUAUAUGACAA